AUGGUCAGUGGCAUCUUCGAGGUUUGUACUCAAAGUGACAGGGCGCCUGAGCAUCAACCAUCAAAAUCACUCCCUGGGCAAAGAGAGCUAGCUCGUUUUGCUGCCUUGGAGCCUGAACUAAUAAGUCAUGGACUCAUUGCAAAUACUUCAUCUUGUUUCACUGCCGGGAACGGGGCCAAAGAAAUGGCAACGCUGACCAUGUCUGCGCCGCACUUGACAUCCACCCUUUUUCAAGCCUCGUUCAAGGUGGUGCCAUACUUGGAUGGCACUUUUGCCAUCAAAGCCUACGGAUUUUGCCAAUGGGGCGUCGAUGUCUCACUAAGACAGGGUACUCGUCGAGGAACUACGGCUAACUUCGCCGUAUUGGUCUCAGUGGUUCGAGUGGAGGUUGGUGGUGGUGAAAGGAAGGUCGGUGAUGGUGAAAGGAGGGUUGGUGAUGGUGGUUGUCAGGGAUGUUACGACGUAGUUCGUGACAUCAACGAUGCUUCAAAGCAAAAGCAAGAUGCCACCAUUAUAGUCACCCAUAGCCAUCAAAUUGCAACCAUACCUAUCAACUGCAUACUGCCAGAUGCAGAAGUGGUCAGCUGGGCUAUGCAGAGUAAGGGUGUGAGCGAUCUGUACAAGUUGUUUAACGUGACCCCUUCCAAUGAGGCUUCCAGAAGUUCUUCACAGCAAAUCUCUGUGAUUCCAAGGCUUGACUUUGAGGGGAUCAAAGCACAAUUUUUGGCUGCUUUGUCUGCGGAUCUCCCACCUCAACAAGCCCCCACCGACAUGGCGGAGAUGACACCUGCAACAGGGACUAGUUUGAGCAUGGUCGGCCACAGCAAUUUUUCUGGCUCCCUCGGAUCCAAAGAAGCAAUGAGGAGAUUGUAUGAUAAGAGGAGAAAAAUGGACAGCCAUGGAAUCACAACGGUGAAUCUUGCACCCCAAGCUAUGGAAUGGUGCGCCAUGACCCGUCCUGCUGCACCUGCUCUUUCAGACAACAAUUCGAGGAACGUGCAAUACCUAUCAGAGGAGCUUGACAGAGAGGAGUAA